CCGUCUAUCUCUGAUUGGUUGAUAUACUUGACUGACGUAAUGUAAGGCGGAAGUCUGACGUAGCUAAGAUUUGUUUUGGAAAACAAAACGAGAAACAGAUGAUAAGAAUGGAAGCGAAGGCGGACAGUCCCAAGCUGGUGUUUGAGAAGGAGGGUGUGUACCUCCACACCAACGCUACCAGAAGCAACCAAGACACCACCCUCCCCGGCUUCAUCAGGAUCGUGGAACGAGGGGGAGAGCCAGCGUUGGAGUGGAGCCCCCUAGAGGAUCAGGGCCGAAGUGCUCCGGCCGUCUUCUACACCAAAAAGGAUGGGGAGGGAGGACAGGAGGACACUAACUUCGACCCCGGCUACGAGCCGGACUGGGCCGUGAUCAGCACCGUGAAGAGAGACCGGGAGCCCGUCGGCCCCGUCAGAGAGACAGGCCAGUGGUCCUUCUCCCUGCCCCUGUCGGAGCUGUACUCCCUGCGCAGGGCUCGCUUCUCCCUGGGACGCAACUUCCUGGUGCUGACCAGCAGGGGGGGCCACCCACUGCCCCCGCUGCACUUCCACAGGGGGGGCACCAGGGACCUGCUGAGGGCCCUGCAGCGCUACAUCAUCCUGUCCCCCUCCCCGGUGGACGGGCGGCUCUACCUGGCCUAUCCCCACGACUCCGGGGCGCUGUCCCAGUCCUUCGACGAGCUGCAGCUGUUCGACGACGGCGGCGCCGACCUGGUCUCGAGGUUCAUCCAGGACCCUUACGCCACCACCUUUGGGGGCUUCUCCAAGGUGACCAACUUCUUCCGGGGAGCCCUCCGGCCUCCCGGGGGGCCCCUCCACCCUCGUGACCCCCAGGACCCCCACGGGCACCCGUCCACGGACGACGAGCCGGGCUUUGAGCUCAUCACCUGUGGGGCGGAGCUGGGCCCCAGACCGGAGGUCAGGAGAGGUCGUCCCCUGGAUAAGUGGGAGGAGUUCCUGGACUCUGAUGGACGCGUACAGGACCCACAGAGUAUCAAGGAUCUGGUGUUCAGAGGGGGUAUCCUUCCCUCCCUGAGGAAGGAGGUGUGGAAGUUCCUGUUGGGGUUCUACCCGUGGAACAGCACGGCCCUGGAGCGAGAAGACAUCCUGAGGAAGAAGACGGAUGAGUACUUCAGGAUGAAGGUUCAGUGGAAGUCCGUCAGCGAGGAGCAGGAGAUGAGAAACUCCCUCCUCCGGGGAUACCGCAGUCUGAUAGAGAGAGACGUGAACAGGACGGACAGACAGAACACCUUCUUCUCUGGGAACGACAACCCUGGCCUGGUCCUGCUGCACGACGUGCUGAUGACCUACUGCAUGUUCAACUUUGACCUGGGCUAUGUUCAGGGCAUGAGUGACCUGCUGGCUCCCAUCCUGUUUGUGACCCAGAACGAGGUGGAGUCCUUCUGGUGUCUGACCGGCUUCAUGGAGCUUGUGCACCAGAACUUUGAGGAGUCCCAGGAGGCCAUGAAGCAACAGCUCCUGCAGCUGAGCCUCCUGCUCCGUGCCCUGGACCCGGAGCUCUGCGACUACCUGGACUCUCAGGACAGUGGGUCUCUGUGUUUCUGUUUCCGCUGGUUACUGAUCUGGUUCAAGAGAGAGUUCUCCUUCGAGGACAUCCUGACACUCUGGGAGGUGAUGUGGACCCGCCUGCCCUGUGAGAACUUCCACCUGCUCAUGGCCUGUUCCAUCCUGGAGUCCCAGCGGGGGGAGCUGAUCGGGUCGGACCACGACUUCAACACUAUUCUGAAGCACAUCAAUGAGCUGAACAUGAGGCUGGACCUACAGGCGGUGCUGACAGGAUCAGAGGCCAUCUACCUCCAGCUAAGCAGCUGCAAGGAGCUGCCAGGGAAAGUGAAGCAGGUCCUGGGUCUGUACGUUCCCUCCAGCUCUGAGGAACCCAGCCCGGACUCCGACCCCACCGAGACACAGCACCUUCUCUGCCAAUCACAGCCAGGAACGUCCGCAGCCAGCCAAUCACGUAGCGGCGGCGCAACUGUGCGCCCGCCCCCUACCUACCCCUGAACCUGACAGAGUGGAGGAUUGACACGACGAGAUAAAGGAAUGAUGCGAUGUGUUUAUAUAGGCAUGCAGACGUGCUGCAGUAUACUGAAGGACUUGGUGUGAAAACUGACUAUUCUGUACUGUGCUUUGGACUAUGAAUAAUGCAAACUGACAUGGCUGAAAGGAGGCAUUACUGCGUUUGAGAGGAGGCGGUUUUAACUUGUACUGUUUAUGAAUGUAAUUUAGCCAAGAUAUGUAAACACCAGUGCGUUGUCUUUAUAUGUGCUGAGGAUAGAGAGAAGAUACUGUCUCCCCUGUUUAGGCUUGUGUCCGUUUGUCCCCUGUCUGACUCGGGCCUGUCUGACUCGGGCCUGUCUGACUCGGGCCUGUCUGACUCGGGCCUGUCUGACUCGGGCCUGUCUGACUCGGGCCUGUCUGACUCGUUAUUUUGAUAUCUCGUUUCUCUCUUGAUUGCAUCAGUCUGCCACUGCUGUCCUUAGAUGCUCACCAGCUUCUCUGCCUUAUCCUCCCUCUCUCUCCAUCCUCCUUCCUCUCUCUCCUUCCUCCUUCCUCUCUCCAUCCUCCUUACUCUCUCUCUCCAUUCUCCUUCCUCUCUCUUUCCAUUCCUCUCUCUUUCUCCAAGAAUGAAUGUGAAGUGUAAUCUCACUGACAGUCAAUAAUCCUGUACAGUAUGAUGUCAUUCCAGCCCCCUGCAUGCCUUAUAGAGUGUUAAUAAUAAGUCAUGUAAUGUUUUAUGUUUUUAACUACCGGAAUUAUGUUAUUGCAAUAUUUUCACCUUCUAAAUCUGUCUGCGUAAACGACAGAACGUUCCCAAAUAAAGGUGUAAAACAGUA